GCGAGGGGGGAGAAAGUCACAGCACGCCUUCCUGUCUGUCCCAUUCGGGGAACAGACAUGGGUUUGCCAGUUUCUUCGUUGCAGAGAAGAAGUUGAGAUUGCAGCAAAGGAAGACUUCCUGGAAAUCCUUCAGCUUCUGCAACAUCAUUGACUCUGCAUGGGGAGCCUCCAUCUGUCCUUUAGGGUCUCCCGGUCGUACACACUUGGAGCCUUGGAUGUUUCUCCCACCCUUGCAGAAAGGGACCGGGCUGGGUUCAAAUAAUCUCUCCGCCGGAGGAAAUGGCUGAAGGGCGGGAGAGGGAAUCCUCAGCCCCAGGGCUCUGGCUCCAGGCAACACCAGAGCAGAAGGUGAAAAUGGAACUGAGAAACCUAGGAGACCUCAGACCUGAGAAGGGGUCUGGAACAGCUUUGUUUGUGGCAGCCCAUGGGGGACCCACGGGGCACGAGGGGCUGCUACAGCUUUGGGAAACUCAAUGGCAGGCAUUCCUCAAGGCGAUGGAGUCCUCUCACUCUGGGAUGGGGGUCCCGCUGCUGCCAGAAUCUGCUUCCUGGGGGGAUACAAAGAUUUCCUUGGCUCCCUACGGGGGAGCUGUAGUGGUGACUGGCCAGCGGUCAAGUGAAGGGUCUCUCACGAGUCUUCGAGAAGCAGCCCAACCGCAACAGGAGAAGGAUGAUGUGGGAGAGGAAGGGGACUGCGGGAAAGUGAAGGAAGACACGGAGAGGGACGACGUGGAGGUGCGGCGCCAGCAUUUCAGAUGCUUCUGCUACCGCGACGCUGAGGGGCCCCGAGAGGCUUUCAGCCGGCUCUGGGAACUUGGCCAUCAGUGGCUGCGGCCGGAGACCCGCACCAAGGAGGAGAUUCUGGAAAUGGUGAUCUUGGAGCAGUUCCUGGCCGCCCUGCCCCAGCAGAUCCGGAGCUGGGUGAAAGAGCAGGGGGCCCAGAGCUGUUCCCAAGCGGUGGCUCUGGCAGAGCAUUUCGUGCUGACCCAGGGAGGGGCCAGGAGAUUGGAACAGCAGGAUGCUGAUAUGUCUCAAGAAGUGGUUUUGAAUUUCCCCGGUGACAAGGGUGCUUCUCCCAGCAAUGCCCAGAGGUGGAUCUGGGAUGUGGUGAAGCAAGAAAAUGGAGGAAAUGCCAGCUUGGUGGGUAAGUAUAGUGAUGGGUUCAAGGCUCCAUCUUUUUAA